AUGCCUGAAAGGCCUAAAAAAGAACAAGUGCCACUUGAUUACGAAGAUCCAACACAACGUAGUGGAUUCAACGUUGGCGUACGUGUUUACGAUGGACGAUAUUAUGCUACAACAAGACUGCGUAUCCGACUUGAGGAUCGCAACGACAAUUCACCAAUUAUCACGGGUCCACAAACGUCGCGUAUAUCCGAAGACGCGACACACGAUGUCUUGCGUCAUUUAUGCGUGAAAACUCCUGAACAACAGCUAUAUUUAUUUGACGUUUUCAAGCCGUUUUCAUGCUCUUGGGACUAUCCUAAAGUGUUAUCCAACUUACGUCACUUAGUUAAUAUUCUAUUAUUACUUACCACUUUUACUAUCUGUCCAUUCGGCGCAUAUGCGCAAGAAUAUUCGCUGCCUUUUGCUGGUGGUCAGUUUACCGGUCAGUCACGUUUUUUGAGUUUCUCCAGUAAGACUUCACGUGAUAUUAUUGUAACUUUCACUAAAAAUAUUAGUGAAGCGAUACCGGUUGGUGAACUUCUUGCUACAUUCCGAGCUGAAGACAAGGAUUCUCCAAGUUAUAAUUUAACGUGA